AUGACCCCUCCAGCCGAAACAUCUCUCCCUCCAGCCUCCAGUCCUUUCGACCACCCCAAAGCGGACCUCUACUUGCUGUCUGCAGAUGGCGUGUACUUUCGCGUCUUCAAGCUCUUCCUGUCCCUCGCUUCACCCAUCUUCGAAUCCAUGUUUGAGUUGCCGCAGCCUGCCGCGACAGAUAACACCGCACACGAAUUCAAGGACGGUUUGCCGGUCGUGACCGUCUCUGAGUCCAGCAAGACUCUGGACUCUUUUCUCCGAUUCUGCUACCCCUCUACGCUCACCGAAGACCCGGACUUGAACCAGCUAGACGACGUUGUCGACGUCCUCGAGGCUUCCCGAAAAUACGAGGUCUCUGUCAUCGAGAAACGUUUAGGGCGUGUUCUCGCGACACCUGAGGUUCUAGCGCAGGACCCGUACAAAUGCUUCGCGAUCGCUUGUCGUUCUGAAAUGAAAGAGGAGGCGGAGCUCGCAGCCAAGUACACGUUACGCCUCCCCCUCAUCCCACCCAUGUUUCCCGAGAUCGACAUGGUGACCUCCAAGCAGCUCCUCGUUCUCCUCACGUAUCAUUCGCAGUGCACCGUGGCUGUUGCGAAGUUGGCCAACGACUGUACCCCAUGGAUGGUUGCGUACUUCUCAUUGAAAGGCUUCGACUGGCUGACUGACAGUCAUGGCUACUGUCCGAGAAGGAAGUAUCAUCAGUUCGGCAGCAGGGAGGUUCCAGGCUGGUGGGCUGAUUUCAUGGACCAAAUACUUCCACUUGUGCAAGAUAGACCUUCUCCGAGCACUGUCAGAAACUUUGACACCCAGGGGAUCAUUGAAACAGCCCAGAAACCUAGCUCAUGCAAUACUUGCCCGAAAAUUGUGCGGGAGCGUCUGGCACAAUGUGUCGACCUUCUCGCCGAAGAGAUCGAAAAGGCCACGUCCGGAAUCAAAUUCGAGAUGACGUUCUGAGUACUGAAGUAUUUUCUACUUGUAUGGUUGGGUUGAACAUGUGUACGCACAAAUGAGCUAUGGUCAAAAACGCUUCUUCGAGUCGUUGACAUCGGCAGCUAGCGGCAUUUCCUUUGCUGCGCCACAGGCUUGCAGUCCCAUACGUUUGCAUCGACCCACUCGUCUACAUCGUCCCGCGAAUCCCAAUCGUCACAUCCACGUGUAUCGUUCUCCCUAUUUAUCUCGUCGCGUGCGUUCCAUACAUCAACCUACAUGUAUCAAGGUUAGCGGUUUGACCGGUAUAGAGAUUGAGACAUAGAUACCUUAUUCAGC